CUAGGCGGGUGCAUAUACGCUCUUAAGGAAGCUUCAAUAAACGCACCGACUGAUGAUGCGGGAAUUAUCGAAGGUUUGUAUGCACCAAGUGGUGCAUACGAGGGAAUGGGGUUUCAUUGUGACACCUUUUCACGAUUCACAAAGAUCUGACAGGCGCUGCCUUUUGCUUUAGUGGCUUUACUUUGCUUGAAGUCUUCAAGCAAAUAACUCAAUUACCAUCAAGGUUAGUUCUCAGGUUCCAUAUCGCAUAUAUGUAACGUCCCCUAUUUAACGGCUUGCCUACCUAUCUACCUACCUAACGGUUAGGAGUUCGCAAGCAAUGGCUACUAUAAGCACAGACCUACGCUUGUUAUGGCAGUACCUCGAUAAGUUGAAAGCUCGUGACUUAUAGCUUUAUUGGGAAGUUAUUCGAGAGCUGGUGACGUCGAUACUUACGCGUUUCCUCGAAUCGUGCAAAGUUAAAGCCGUUUUGUGUCGAAAUCCCUCAGUCACCAUGUGGUUCCAACGUCUUUUCUACUAUAUAUACAAGGUCGAAGAUGGCUGAGAAUCAUCGUGUAAAAGUUGCUAUAGUGGGCGGAGGUAUCGCUGGACUGGCUCUUGCGGCAGGCUUGAUUAAAAAGCCACAUCUCGAUGUGCAUGUCUACGAGUCAGUGCCGGCUUACCAAGAUGUUGGCGCCGGUCUCGCCUUACACCUGAAUGCCAUCAAAGCCAUGGCGCUCCUUGGCGAUGAAGUGAGACAGGCGUACUCCGGCAAGGCACUUACCAUGGGCGACGAGAACCAGGAAAUGGUAACCGAAGUGAUACUGGGCCAAGGCCCACAUCAUGGCCAAUUAGUAGCAGAGCUUGGGAGAGCAAAGGGGAGGAAGACAGUCAGCCGAGCUGACUUGUUAGAUGGGUUUCUCGCUCUGAUUCCGAAAGAGCACAUCAGCUUCGGCAAAAGGCUUGUUAAUAUUGCCGAGAAAUCCUCCGACAAGCAUGUUGUCCAUCUGUCAUUCGACGACGGCUCCGAGACAACGGCAGACUGUCUCUUAGGCGCAGAUGGCAUCCACAGCGUAACACGCGGCUACCUCCUAGGAGCGGAUCACCCAGCCGCAUCUCCUAAGAACCACGACGGCUGGCAGAUCUACCGGACCCUGGUCUCGACCGAAGAAGCGCGGAAGCAAAUCAAUCCCAAGUGGACCACCAGCGUCCCCAUCCUGCUCGGGCCGCGGGGCCACAUCAACUGCAUCCCGCUGAACAAGAACACGCGCCUGAGCGCCGGCGUCGCCGUGCGCGGCGCUGUCGUCUCCCCGGCUUCGCAGAACGGGGACGGGAACGCGAGUUCGCGACCGCUCGACCCGGCUCUGUACGCCGACUACAGCGAAGAGGCGCAGCAGAUCGUGCGCAUGGUGGCCCGCGACACGAGCGCCUCCUGGGCGGCAGGCGACCACGACCACGCGCCCACCUACGCGCGCGGCCGCGUGGCCAUGCUCGGCGACGCGGCCCACGCGGCGCUCCCCUUCGCCGGCAACGGCGCCGCGCAGGCGCUCGAGGACGCCGCCGUGCUGGACGCGCUGUUCGCGCUCGUCAGGCGCCCCGACCAGAUCGCGCGCGCGCUGGCCGCGUUUGACGAGGUGAGGAGGCCGAGGAGCCAGGCCGUCGUGGACUUGGCGAGGAAGUUCGGCAGGGUGUACGCGUAUGCUGAGGACGGCAUGCAUGAGGAUCCCGAGAGGAUGAGGGCGUUUUUCGCGGAGAUGGCGGCGUUUACUAAUGAUUUCGAUGUUAGGGGGCAGAAUGAGGCGGCGCUGAGGGUGUUUAAGGGGGUGGAUGGGGUUAGUGGGAUGGAUGGAGUUCGUGGGGACUUGGGGAAUUAAGACGCGUAGACGGGGUUGUGGUUGAAGGCAGUUUGCUGGUUAUAGACGUCCACAGUGUUUCGUUCAUUAGGUAGGAUAGACCACAUCCAUAAGAUGUGUAUGCUUUGAUUUAGAUGUCGAAUGUACCUUCUCUCAUGCUUGUAGAAUCCACAUAUCUACAAUAGGAUCAUGAGGUACACAUGCUCUAUAUAAGAUAUAUGAGAGUACCUCAUAUAAUAAAAUGGCUACAUAUUCUUAGCUACA